AUGAACCGCAUUCCUGUGUUAAAUGCCGAUCCACCGGAAGCCAAAGGGUUUUCCAUCUGGUUACGCAAGGUUGAUUACCCUGCUCAACAUGGUAGGGGUCAGUUAAAAGGGAUAGAAUAUAAAUUGACCUGUUUCUUACUUCACGUGUACCAUAUCUUGUUUUGUUCCAGGUUCCCAGCUGUGUGUCUGAUCAGUGUCGUUUGCGGAUUGCUUACGAGAUGCCAGGCUGUGAACUUCGGGACGACCAAGAGGCUUAUCGACAUUGCCAGAAGAACGUCUGCCAAAGAAGACGCUUUAUACCAGCUCAGAUUCCAAAACGGAGUUGAUAAGAGGACUGAGGAUUUCAAAACCAUAGAAGCAGCAAUGUUUGAAGAGACACCGGAACAUGCUUUGGAGAUCAACAGACAGAGUAGACUGGUUAACUGGAUAUCUUUUCUAAUCAGGAGGGAGAAAGUCAAUGCCACGGUGAGAGAGAUCAUUGACUUUGCCAAACUUCCCAAACACUUGGACACUGUUUACUGCCCAUAUGAGUUUUCCGAGAAAUGUACGAGAUCCAAAUACCGGUCUGUGGACGGAAGCUGCAACAAUCUGCAGCAGCCGCUGCGAGGAGCAAGCUUUACUCCAUUCGCCAGAGAGAUGCUUGCCGAAUACGAAACAAGUGUUGACGGCAUGGACGACCAGCCCCGUCAGCAUGGUAAGACCGGGAGGUUACCCAGCGCUAGGGCUGUCAGCCGGGCAGUCCAUCAAGGGAACUUUGCGGAGAAGACGGACCGGGAUAUCAGCUCCAUCUUCACAUUCUGGGGCCAGUUCAUGGCACACAUGAUUUCUGACAGAGCCGUCGCUACAGGAUACAACAGCACCAGGGUGGACUGCUGCUCGCAAGAUGUCCCCACACCUCGUUCUGAAUGUUUCAACAUCGACAUUCCGGAAGGGGACCCGUUCAGAAAGGAUGGGCGGACCUGUUUGGGAUUUUUGAGGUCUAUGGAAACAACGACUAUGGGAUGUGUGACCGGUAAAAGAGAGCAGCUGAAUCUCGCAUCUUCCUACAUUGACGGUAGCGCGGUGUACGGGUCACACAACGAAAAGGUGGAAUAUCUGAGAAGGCAUCACGGUGGCGAGCUGUGGACGUCUGAACCGAAUGAGCUUCCACAUAAGUCCCAUCCCAAUGCGAUCGCCGAAAAGAUGGGAUUGGCCUUUGCACGAGCAGGUGAUCCUAGAGCACCGGAAGUAGCCAUGCUGACAGGAAUCCACACGAUAUGGCUGAGAGAACACAACCGUAUUGCUCGUGAGCUGGCCGUUAUCAACCGGUUUUGGGAUGACGAAAAGCUGUACCAGGAGGCGAGGAGAAUCGUCGUGGCUUUAAUCCAGCACAUCACCUACAGCGAGUGGUUGCCAGUUCUGCUAGGCCCAGCCAUAGUUAAGGACUACGAUCUUCUCCCACGGGUCUCUGGAUUCUACACAGAGUAUGAUCCCGCAGUGGACGCCUCCACCACUAACGUCGUAUCCACUGCAGCGUUCCGCUUCGGUCAUUCACUGGUCACCUCCACCUUUCCUUUAUGUAAAAAAGACUUCACACAAGGUAGCUCUCCUGCCUUGAAGCUAGGAGAUAUAUUCUUCCAGUCUAACCAAUACCUGCUGCAUGAACAGGGCCUAAUGAGAGGGCUGUUGACAAAGCCCGCGGCUUCCAUGGAUGCCAUCGUCACCAACGAUCUAACCAACAAACUGUUCAAAACUCAUCAGGGAAACGGUGGUGAUCUGGUAGCGUUCAAUAUCCAGAGAGGCAGAGAUCACGGACUUCCCUCGUACAACUCUUGGAGGACUUUCACUGGUCUGCCCUCGGCGUCUUCCUUUACAGGGGCGGGCGGAUUUGUGGACAUCCCCGAAGACACCGUCCAGGCUCUGGCCAGUGUUUAUAGUCACCCUGAUGACGUGGACAUCUGGACGGGGGGUGUCUCGGAGAGGCCUGUACCAGGAGGUUUGUUAGGCCCGGUGUUUUCACACCUUCUGGCCCGUCAGUUCAGCCGUUACCGGCAGGGGGAUAGGUUUUGGUAUGAGACGUCGGAGGAGCCCCAAGGUUUUACAGCCGCUCAGCUGAAGCAGAUUCGGAUGAUGACCUUUGCCCGUAUUAUGUGCAACAGCUUUGACGUUGACACGGUCCAGCCACAGGCAUUCCGCAUGGCAUCAACUAAAGGGUAA